AUGGCCAACGACGACUCCUAUCUAGGGUUAGGGUUAGGGUUUCCUUUAAAUUCCCAUCUCCUUCCUUCCUACUACUCCUCCUCCUCGGACGCCUCUAGGUAUAGGGUCCUCCUCCUCCUCGGCCGCAGGGUCCCCCGCCUCGCCCCGCCGCGCCCGGAGAGGCGACAACUUCCUCUGGUACCGACGCGACUCGCAGCCCCAGGCCCAGCCCCGCCUCACGCGCCAGCGCAAGCUCCGCCNAUCCCAUCUCCUCCUUCUCCCGCUCCCUCCGCCGCCGCCGCCGCCCCCGCCGCUGUCGGGGGCGGUGGCGGUGGCGGUGGCGGAUCUGCCAACUCGACGCCGGUCUCCCGCUCCCCCAGCAACCUCGACGUCGUGCCACCGAGGCUUUCGUCCUCAUUCCCGCAGCUGCCGCAGCCCCUGCCCUUACCGGAUGAGGCCGCCGCGGCCUCCCCGCGUAGAGAAUUUGGCUUAGGGUUAGGGUUAGGGUUAGGGACCGGGGCUUCUGCUUCGAGUCCUUCGCGUGCGGCUAGUUGCCCACUGCCCUCGCCGAGAGGAACGCCUGGCGGAGGAGAUGGCGAGGAGGGGAGUUCCACUGUUGAUUUCUCAUCUGCCGCGGAUCCCGUAGGCCACAGGGUCACUUCAUUUUUUUCAACUGAGAGUAAGUUGCCGCACCAGAUUGCUCACAAAAGGCCAGAACGCUGUCGCAGUGACUUUCCAAUUAAUGGAAAUAGUCAUCAUAGGAAGGUGUUCCAAGAUACGAGUUCGGUUGACAGUGUGAACUUCAGACUGAAUAUACCCGCUAAAAGUGCUCCUGCCAGUGGGAUUUCUAGCCCUGUGCGCAGUCCAAGGCGAUCAAGUAAUGUGGACUUGUCAACAUCUGCUAUGACUACUCAACAUCAUCAAGUUUGGUCAGCUCCAGACUUCCCAUCGACCGACACUACAACACUACUCUCUCCCCAUAUGUCCCCUGAAAAGUUUAUGGGCAGUCCUGAGCCAUCACCCCGUUAUAGUCCAUCGUUGAGAAGCCCUGUGACACGAUCUAGAAACCCUAGCGCCCCUUCGUCGCCUCUGCAUUCGAAGCUGUUUCCAGAGAGUUCAAACGGACGGCAUGAUAGUAAUAAUGGGAAUGUCAAUGUUCAUCCACUGCCCCUCCCUCCAGGAGCUUCUCCGGGUCCUAUGCAGUCAGGUUUUGCUCAUCAGCCUACUCACAAAACCGAGGUCUCUCCAAUGACAGGUCAGUGGCAGAAAGGAAAGCUUAUAGGAAGCGGUACAUAUGGGAAUGUUUUUGAGGCCACCAAUAGGCAUACUGGAGCUUUAUGUGCAAUGAAGGAAGUUAAUAUAAUUCCAGAUGACGCUAAAUCAGCAGAAUGUUUAAAGCAGUUAGAGCAGGAGAUAAAGUUUCUCAGUCAAUUUAAGCAUCCAAAUAUUGUGCAGUAUUAUGGCAGUGAAUUGAUUGAGGAUCGGUUUUACAUAUAUCUAGAGUAUGUUCACCCUGGCUCCAUAAACAAAUAUGUGCGUCAGCAUUUUGGAGCUAUGACAGAAUCAGUUAUUCGAAAUUUUACCCGUCAUAUUCUUAAUGGAUUAGCUUACUUGCAUAGCAAAGACAUAAUGCAUAGGGACAUAAAGGGAGCAAAUCUGCUAGUUGAUGUACAUGGAGUUGUUAAGCUAGCUGAUUUUGGGAUGGCAAAACAUUUAAGUGGAGCUGCACCUAAUCUAUCGUUGAAGGGAACGCCAUAUUGGAUGGCACCAGAGGUGCUACAGGCUACACUAAAUAAAGAGAUUGGCUAUGAUCUGGCUGUUGACAUUUGGAGUUUAGGCUGUACAAUUAUCGAAAUGUUUACCGGACAACCUCCUUGGAGCGGUCUCGAAGGGCCCGCAGCGUUGUUCAAGGUAUUGAAUAAGAACCCCACGAUUCCUGAGACGCUGUCCUCUGAGGGCAAGGAAUUCCUCCAACUGUGCUUUCGCAGGAAUCCUGCUGAGAGGCCAAAAGCAAGCAAGUUGCUGGACCAUCCAUUUAUUAAAAACUCUCACCACCACAAUAUUCAUGGCUCGGUACAGGCCUUUGCGGGAAUUAAACUAGAUACCACGAACAGCCCGAGGGACCGAAAGUCUUCUAAAAGCGAUCCUUGUUUGAAGGGAAAACAACCUAAGUGUGAGACCAACCAUUCUUAUCCCGAAACUUCUGAGUCGGCGUCAUCUCGCCCGUCGCCUCGCUCCAACCCUGAAUUCCCCCGCAGUUUAUCCCCUCCCCACCGAAACCAGCUUGCAUCUACAACUGCCAUGCAUUUGGGUAACGGGAAUUUUCACCCCUGUGCAUUGCCUAAGCCUUAUGAGAAGGAAGUUUUGCAUCUAUGAAGCUGGCUAUUGGUAGGAUUCUUUUGAGUAGGCUGAGUUGUAUAGUCUGUAGGAUUCCUCUCACUACCCUCUUCCUGUUCUUCCUUCUACUUUCCCUCAGCUCUGUUUUACUCAACUCAGCUGUGUAGUCUAGAUAAUUGCAAGGUACAGGGUAUCGUUGAAAUAAUGCUCGAGGCGAUGCAUCUCCCUCGCCCCUUAGGGCAUCGAAGUCGAAUACGAUAUGCAGAAAUAUUGGACGGUAGGAGCAGAGAAGCUAUAUGUUGCAUAUUGCUCUCCAGAUAGGAGUAGGGACAUUUAUGUGUGCUGCUGUUGUUGUAUAAUGCUGUUUGCUGUAUUUAAAGGUUGCAUAGUAAGAGGUUUGUAGUUACGACCAAGCAUAGCUGAAAUGAUAUAAAUUUGUGUAAAAAAGUAGUAGGCUUGAUGCCAGUUAAGCUGUAUUUUCUGUACUGUGGCAGCAUUUCGUGUGCUUUUAUUCAAUUUGUAUUUCCCCGUUA